AGUAGAAGACGUAGAAGAAGAAGAAAAAGAAGAAAAAGAGGAAGAAGAAAAAAAGAAAAGUUCGUUAACCGUGUAAAUCCGUAAAGCCGAACACUCAGUAGUCUCUGAACUCGCGCAGGUCUGUUUUCUGGAUCCGGAGGUAGUCCAGUUUAUUCCCCAGAGAGCAGACGUUAGCCAUUAGCUUAGCGCGGACUCCGGUUCUCGCACAGCACUUCCGGCUCCUCGCGGACCGCUUGCGGGAAACCCUCUUCCGCCCAACAUUUUCAGGAAACACCGCGGAUCUUAUCAGGCCUGACGCUUGCAGACCGUCCAAAUGAAUGCCAUCCUGUUCAAGGUCUCUUGCUCCUAGUGGCGACCUUCCAACCAGUUUGAAAUUUAGCUACGGAAAUACACUCAACCAGAAGAGUUCACACAGAGGUUAAAAUACUUGAAGUGGGAAAGAACAUGGCAUCUACAAAAAUCUCCAAUACUCAGCAAACACCCUCUCCUACCCCUCCCAAACAAAUGCAGAAAAGUACAGGCAAGAAGAAAACUCACCACUGUUUAGAGUGUGGGAUGAGUUUUAUUUAUCAGAGUCAUCUCCUACUACACCAGCGCAUUCACACUGGAGAGAAACCGUAUCACUGCUCAGACUGUGGGAAGAGAUUUAAUCAACAGAGUACUCUUCGAAAACAUCAGCGCAUUCACACUGGAGAGAAACCGUAUCACUGUUCAGACUGUGGGAGCAGUUUCAAUCAACAGGGUACUCUCCAACUACACCAGCGCAUUCACACUGGAGAGAAACCGUAUCACUGUUCAGACUGUGGGAAGACUUUUAAUCAACAGGGUCAUCUCCAACUACAUCAGCGCAUUCACACUGGAGAGAAACCAUAUCAGUGCUCAGACUGUGAGAAGAGUUUUAGUCGUCAAAGUACUCUCCAACGACACCGGCGCAUUCACACUGGAGAGAAACCGUAUCAGUGCUCAGACUGUGAGAAGAGUUUUAGUCGUCAAAGUACUCUCCAACGACACCAGCGCAUUCACACUGGAGAGAAACCGUAUCACUGCUCAGACUGUGGGAAGAAUUUUAGUCACCAGAAUUCUCUGCAACUACACCAGCGCAUUCACACUGGUGAGGAACCUUAUCACUGCUCAGUCUGUGGGAAGAGUUUUAGUUAUCAGAAUUCUCUGCAACUACACCAGCGCAUUCACACUGGAGAGGAACCGUAUCACUGCUCAGACUGUGGAAGGAGUUUUAGCUAUCAGAAUUCUCUCCAACAACAUCAGCGCAUUCACACUGGAGAAAAACCAUAUUACUGCUCAGACUGUGGGAAGAAUUUUAGGUGUCAAAGUACUCUCCAACAACACCAGCGCAUUCACACUGGAGAGAAACCGUAUCACUGCUCAGACUGUGGGAAGAGAUUUAAUCAACACAGUACUCUUCGAAAACAUCAGCGCAUUCACACUGGAGAGAAACCGUAUCACUGUUCAGACUGUGGGAAGAGUUUCAAUCAACAGGGUACUCUCCAACUACACCAGCGCAUUCACACUGGAGAGAAACCGUAUCACUGUUCAGACUGUGGGAAGACUUUUAAUCAACAGGGUCAUCUCCAACUACAUCAGCGCAUUCACACUGGAGAGAAACCAUAUCAGUGCUCAGACUGUGAGAAGAGUUUUAGUCGUCAAAGUACUCUCCAACGACACCGGCGCAUUCACACUGGAGAGAAGCUGUAUCACUGCUCAGACUGUGGGAAGAUUUUUAGUCACCAGAAUUCUCUGCAACUACACCAGUGCAUUCACACUGGUGAGGAACCUUAUCACUGCUCAGUCUGUGGGAAGAGUUUUAGCUAUCAGAAUUCUCACCAACAACAUCAGCGCAUUCACACUGGAGAAAAACCAUAUUACUGCUCAGACUGUGGGAAGAAUUUUAGGUGUCAAAGUACUCUCCAACAAGAGACGUUACCAAAAAAACAGUGUAUUCAGACUGUGUCUGUCCCCCGAGUCAAACAAAAACUUCGAAGAAGUCAAACGAUCUAUAUAACUUAACUUUUAUUAAACAAUCGUAUACAGACUGUAACAUCAACGCUUCAAAUCUAAAGAUUGGUUUACUUAAUAUUAGAUCUCUAAAUUUAAAAGCAGUUAUAGUGAAUGAAAUCGAAACUGAUUAGAAAUUCGAUAUUCUGUGCCUCAAGGAAACCUGGAUUAGGCCAAUCGAAUAUUUAGCAUUAUGCAUACUUUUUUGAAAAACCUAGUCCAGGGGUGUCCAAACUUUUUUUGUUGGGGGCCAGAAGGAGAAAUAUAUUUGAAGUCACGGGCCACAGACUCUGUAAUAAAACAAAUAAUGAAAUAUACCACUUUAAAUAAUACUUUUUUCCUGAUUACUUUCAUUUACACACUAUUUUACUUGACUUACUAUCUUUGACAGUGUUGUGUAAACUAAGAUUUUUCAAAUUGAUGUUUUAUUUCAUGAUGUCUCUUAAUAUUAAACUCCUUUAUUACGGCAUCUUUUAGACUCUUUGGCCCAUUUUCUGCUCUAGAAAUGCGCACUCUCUCCGCUUUUAGACUCUUUAGCCCUUUUUUUGAGCUAGAAAUGUGCACUCUCUCCGCUUUUAGACUCUUUGGCCCAUUGUUCUGCGCUAAAACUCCACUCUCUCUGCUUUUAGACUCUUUGGCCCGUUUCUGACACCUAGCGUUCAAACUUUGAAUCUCACAUUAUAAAAACCUGCUUAACAGCGGGUCAACUUUCAUUCUAUUUCUAAAAUACCUCGCGGGCCACUCCAAAAAAGGAAACGGGCCGCAAAUGGCCCGCGGGCCGUAGUUUGGACACCCCUGACCUAAGAUAUCAAUUAGAAACUCUAAAAUAUAAAUUUCCCUUCUUUUGAGCUCCUGUAAUUAUUCCAAAAGAGAAAAAAAAGAACACAUUUUCUUUAAUUAAUAUCUACAGAUCGUCAGGGCCCUAUGUGAAGAGAUUAAACCGAUUUAGCAGUAUGGAAUAAUUAUAGUAGGAGACUUCAAUAUUCAUUUUGAAAAGAUGGAUGAUUCAUUAAAAAAGGCAUUCAUAUCAAUUCUAGACUCAGUAGGUAUUAUUCAAAAUAUAACAGGACCUACUCAUUACUGUGAUCAUACUCUGAAUUCGGUUUUGACCCUGUGUGUUAGCAUAGAUAACCUUAAUAUUCUUUCUCAAACCUCCGCAAUUUUAGAUCUUUACCUUAUUUUAUUUAAGCUACAUCUUAUAGAAGUCAUAAUACAGUCACAAUAAACGUACAUCCCCCGGCUACUCUAUUAAAGAUUCAAUAACACCCUUAACAGGCCAACAAUUUACUGAUAAGCUUCCCGAUUUAUCAACAAUUGUGAAUUCUCCGACAGACCCAGUAGAACAAGACAAACUACUCAAAGGUUUAGAAAAUAGCUUUCGUGUAGCACCACUUAAACACAAAAGAGACAGAAAAAGCUUGCACCGUGUUACAAUGAUCGGAACUCGUACUUUAAAGCAGUUAGUACGAAAUUUAGCACUGAAAGCUGAUUAAUCAAACUGAAAGUGGCCUCACAGAUCGAGAUUAAUAUGAAUAAUCCUAGAACUCUCUUCAGUGCUAUUUCCAAAUUUACUAAAAGUCAGGCAGGUACUAAACCUCAGAUUCGAGCCAUUCACACCAGCACUGCUUUUAUGGACUUUUUCAAUAACAAAAUUAAAAACAUUUAGCAGACAGAUAGCAAAUCCUGUCCGUCUUCUGGUGUGGCUGAUAUGAAACAAAACUCAGUUACUGAAGUUAGGCUGGAAGUCUUUAACCCACUUCCACAGCUAGAACUAGAGAAAAUUCUAUUCUUUGUGCGAGUGUGAAGAGUGAUGGGUGGUUUCAGUACAGUCUUUGUUUAAGUGUGAAUAGUGGUAAGGGGUUUCAGUUUGUCUGUGUACUGAGUGUGUGUAUAGUGAUGGGUGGGGUGAGUACAGUCUUUGUGUGAGUGUGAAGAGUGGUUGGUGGGUGUUGUGUGUGUGUGGGGGGGAGGUUUCAGCUCUGUCUCUUUGUGUUGAGGAGUCUUGACUGCCUGGUGGAAGAAGCUGUUGCAGAGUCUGUGCGAUAAGGAGGAGAAAGGAAGGCUUUUAUAUGGUUUUCAAGAAGAGGUGACAGUCAAGAGAUUUAGUUCACCAAGAGGAAAGAGGCUAAGAGCAUACAGGACUGAAUAGGCCUACACACAAUAGGAAAACAUGAGACUGGAAUGUAUCCAUAUUGUAAUAGAACAAAAACAGUUCAGCAUGUACUUCUUAAAUGCAGAACUGAGAAAAUCGAAUUGAGUAAAGAGCAUACAGUCAAAGCAGUCAUAGAGUUUAUUAAAGAAACGCAAAUUGCAAGAUCUUUUUAAUAUCCAAGUGUGAUCACACCUCAGUCCAGUAGAUGGCGGUAAUGCACUAAGAUUGCCACCACAGAUACUCGAAAGGCUCCGGGUAGGUCACGGUGUGUUGAAUGCUUAUCUGCAAUAAAUCCAUAAACACUCCACGGGGCUUUGUCGUCAUUGUCCUCAGAGGAGAACGGUGAACAAAGAGAAUUUUUUUUUUGCUGUGAAAGAAAAUGGUCGCAAAGAUUAUUAAGGGAUUGCUUUCGUAUGGGGCAGGGAUGGGUAGUGAACACAAAGUUUCUUAAAGCUGUUGGUAUGUUUCUGGUAUUUUUACAUUUAAAAAUACACAAGGUUGUAUGUAUAUAUAUAUAUAUACAUAUAUAUAUAUAUAUGAUUGAAUUGUUUUUCAAUAAAGAAUGCUUUUGAAACUAAUUGUAA